AUGCCUGCAAUCUUUGUAGAUAUUGGUCGGGAUAUGGAGCCGAUCCUUUGGUGGGGAAAUGUGGAGACGCCACGACUUGGUCGUCUCUAUAUGAAGGUGGCCUUUGCCCUUGCUGAGCCUGGACUAGAUUGGGGCGCUAUGACUGGAGGCUAUUGGCUGGUUCGGUUGGGUGUGUUCAACAUCCUGGACAAAACUAUGAGAUUCACUGAUUUUCUUUGUCAAGAACUUCAAAGAAAAUCUCAAGACAUUAAAAGUGCUUUGAAUUUGGUUGCAAGUACAAAAAUGGAGUUUGAUGAGUUGAGAAACAAUGGUUGGGAUGACUUUCUACAAAGUGUACGAUCAUUUUGUGAAAAACAUGAAAUUAGUAUGCCUAAUAUGGGUGCCCGUCAUACAAUGGGAAUUGGGCGUUCUUGUAAACAAAAAGAUUGUAUCACCGUGGAGCAUUAUUAUCAUAUGGAUGUAUUUAAUGAGGUAAUAGAUUAUCAGUUGGGGGAGUUAAAUACUAGAUUUCCAUAUGAAACUAUGGAACUCCUUCGUCUUAGCUCAUCAUUGGAUCCCCGUGAUGCUUUCAAGCGAUUUAACAUUGUUGAUAUAUACACUCUUGCUAAUAAAUUUUAUCCUCAAGAUUUCACUACAACUGAGUUGCAAGCUUUAAAUCAACAACUGGGAUUUUAUAAGAUUGACGUGGAUCACAAUCCAACCUUCAAGAAUCUUGAUUCCAUUCCUAUAUUACUUGAGUGCUUAGUGGAAACAAGAUUAGCAUAA